AUUUGUGUGGAUAUGGUGAGGUGUUGAACUUGUGUACUCUGGUAGUUGAAUCGUUCAUCGUUUUUGAUUCGGGAUUGGAGAUUGAAGAGCCUGCUUCUCGUGAAGAAUCCAAAGGCAGCUUUGUAUGUGCUCAAGCUUCUUCCAAGUUUCAUCAGCAACUGCCUGAAACUCAGUGAAAUCCACACCCUCUGGUCAAAAACCUGCAGGCAUUCUGCUCAUCUCACCGAAGCUCAGUGACAACAAAGCAAUCCUGCUGAUGUGUACAACUGUGAAUGGACUCCAAGCUUUCUCUGUUUAUCCUCUGGAUUUAGAAGCAGGAUUAGGUCCCUCUUGCAUGAAUAUUUAUUUUUAUCAGAUGUCCAGUGGUCAGUGGAUGAUAUCUCCCCUGCCUGCUUGACUGACACUACUGGUAUCUCUUCGCUCCAGUGAACAUCGCACUACUGUUUACAGAUAAACAGUUGGCCACAAAAAGUCAAUACACAAUGAUGUGUGCAGUUCCUCCUCCUUUGAUGAGCCAUCCGUGGGAUUGACAAGAAUCAACUGAAGGAGGGUUGAACAAGCAGUGAACCAAAGAGGACCUGGAUUCAUUGAAGGCAUUGCUUGCUCAAACACUCCUGGAAUCGGAUGAUAGCCAGAUUAAAACUCCCAAGACCCACACCUAGAUGUGUUACACAGAGUGCUCUGCAAUCAGUGCAUAGUAGGAUACUGCAAACUUAUGACACCAACAGUUUGACAUUGCAAGACGGUUAUAAAUAAAUACAGAAAUCUUCCUUCUGCAUUUUUUUAAGCUUGAAUACCUAAUUUUUCUGUCCUGGCUGAUUUCCAGCAACCCAAAUCAACCCCACCAAUUCUUGUCAAACUCACUCUCUGCCAAAUGCUGAGAUUCUCAUGACUGUGGGCAAAAGACUGUCAACUCCAGUUUCUAUCCAACUUCUGUCAGCAGUCGCCACCAUGCCUGCUGUACGGUGUCGCUCUUCAGGGCGAAGGCCCAACUCAACAAUCAUCAUUGAGAUUUCGGGCACAACCACCACGAUCAACAACAACGCCCCAGAGAAGUGCGCCGCCGUCACCAAAAUGGGGGACAAGAUCCCGGAGUUUCAAGAACCCAUCACCUCCCUGACCUUUGAGUGUCACACUCACUGGCAGGACUCGUUUCACGUCCUCCGGGAUUUGUACGAGCGUCGGGCGCUCUGCGACGUCACGCUGGCCGUGGGUUCGGCCCGGCUGCAGUGCCACCGCUUGGUCCUCGCCUGCUGCAGUCCUUACUUCCAAGCCAUGCUGACCUCCGAGAUGCGGGAGAGCAGGGAGGACGUCGUCCCGAUCCACGACAUCGACGAGGCGUCCAUGGAAGCCCUCGUCAGCUUCAUGUACACCUCCAAGGUGCUGCUGACGGUCGACAACGUCCAGAAACUCUUGCGUGCUUCCUCACUGCUUCAAAUUGAGAUGGUUGCCAAGGCCUGCUGCGAUUUCAUGACCUCUCACCUGCACCCGACCAACUGCCUUGGGGUGAGGAGCUUCGCUGAACUCCACGGGCAGAACGAGCUGCUCCGUGCCGCCGAUUCAUUCACCUGCGACCGUUUCCCGGAGGUCCUGGCUAGCGAGGAGUUCCCCACCAUCACAGCGUCCCAUUUCUAUGACAUCAUCGCAUCCUCGGACAUUCGGAUUCUGAGCGAGACGCAGGUUUACAACGCUGUCCUUAAGUGGGUGCGGUACGACCUCCCGAAAAGAGAAGCCGAUCUGCCCAAGCUGAUAUCAGCGGUCCGUCUUCCCUUGGUUCCCCUGGGCUUCCUGAUGGAGGUUGUAGAGUCCGAGGAGCUUAUUAAGAAGUGCCACAGAUGCAGGGACCUGCUGGAUGAGGCCAAGAACUACCACCUGUCUGUCAACAAAGUGGCGCCUCUCAGCCCAAAGAGUGUCUCACAGUCCCAGCGCUUUCAGCCCAGGAAGAGCACGGCAGGUGUGCUGUUUGUGGUUGGCGGUCGUGGUGCAUCGGGGGACCCGUUCAAGUCUAUCGAGUGCUACGACCUGCGCAAUAAUCGCUGGUUCCAUGUGGCUGAGCUGAACUACAAGAGAAGGCAUGUGGGCGUGCUGUCUGCUGGAGGCAAGGUGUAUGCUGCAGGGGGACACGACGGCAAAGACCAUCUCAACAGCAUGGAGGUUUUCGAGCCCAAAACAAAUAAAUGGACGCUGGUAUCACCGAUGAAAACAAAAAGGCGAGGUUUGGCCGUUACCCAGCUCGGCGGCCCACUCUACGCCAUCGGGGGUCUAGAUGACAACACUUGCUUCAGUGAGGUGGAGCGGUACGACAUAGCCAGCGAUAGCUGGAGCUAUGCUGCCCCCAUGAUUAUGGCUAGGGGGGGCGUGGCAGUGGAGACGCUGAACGACCACAUCUAUGCAGUCGGUGGCAACGAUGGCUCCACCACUCUGAACACCUGCGAGCGAUACGACCCUCACCUCAACAAGUGGACCAUGAUUGCCGCAAUGCAGACCAGACGAGCAGGAGGGGGUGUGCUGGCCCUCAACGGCUACCUCUAUGUCAUAGGUGGGUUUGACGACAGCUCCCCACUGAACUCCGUGGAGCGGUACGACCCUCGGACCAAAGCCUGGACCAGCAUCAAGCCAAUGUCCAUGUGUCGCGGCGGCGUUGGGGUCUCUGUCAUCAGCGGGAAGAUCUACGCCAUAGGAGGCCACAAUGGAUCCUCAUAUCUCAUGUCCGGAGAGUGCUACGACCCAGUCACAGAAAAGUGGACGCCAAUCAAGGACAUCAGUACGUGCCGGGCCGGGGCCGGGGUAGUGACGUGCCACUGUCCAGUCCAAUUGCUCAAAGACGUCGGCAAGACCAGCAGAGUCCAUAGCUGCGUAUGACGGAUAGACAGGAAUACCAAGAACACAAAAUCAAUCCAAUUCCCUUCCCAAACAUACCUCGAUGAAGGCAAGAGAAAAAAAAAACCCGGGCCAUCAGUAUUUUACAUUCUUUGACCAAUGCUGCAAUUUAGAUUGACUAAUCAUGUGGAUUGCACUCAGGAACAUUACCUCAUCAUCACAUAAGACUGUGCAGUCAGAUAUUCACCAAACUGAACCAUGUUCCAUGGUGAUUAUGCAGAUAUUCUUUGUGUUUCACUUCUGCGACAUAUAUUCCAUCUUAUGUUCAUAGUUCAUAUGACAAUGGAUGUAGGAUUGUUUGCUGUGUAGAUUUGUAAUGAUGGUUACUACAGGUGGUGCAAAAAGAAGGAAACCCACUUUUGACAGCAAUUUUCACCUACUUGUUGAGCAUAUUUCAAAAAUUUAACUUAAUGGUAUUAACAUAUUGAUCUUUUAACAUAACUGACAAAAAAAUUAUUACAAAUGCAUAUAUUGUCUCUGAGAUAUGGUAGUUUAAUAAUUUUAUGUGCCAAACUUGUUUGUCCACGGACGGCUUUAUUCCAUCCACUUGACUGAGCUCCGGAGCUUGAUUUGAAGACAAAAAAACACUACACUAGACUUACACGUGACCAACAGUGAUUUAGGUGAUGUAUUCAAAUUAGCAUAACAACACUAUUCUUGCGAUAUUUUUACAGAUUUUUUUGAUCACAUUUGGUUGAAGAGCUAUACUUCACUACAUUAUAACAAAAUCGUUCAAAUAUGUUAACUAAGUAUGUUAAAAUCCUGGUCAAAAGUGGGUUUCCUUCUUUUUGCACCACCCUGUAAAGUAAUGUUAGAAAAAAAUCAACAUUUUUAUCACCUUCAGUACACAUCUUUCAUUAAGUUCUCUGGUUGGAAAAAGUUUUCUCUCUCAGAAAGAUUCAUUUAAAGGGACAUUACGUUCUGGAUUAGGCCCAGUUGAAACACAUUUGAAACGAAAUGAUGUUAAUUGGAAAGAGCAUUUUAAAGGUAGGGUAUAAACGUCCACACAACCAUCCUUUAAAAACUGGCAGUUUUUGUGCUCAAAAAUCGAGCUGUUGGGUGCUUGUCGUGAAUCCUGCUGCACAUGUUCCACCAGUGCCCCGCAUUCUGUGAUGUCCCUCUCAUUUGUUGCUUCUUUGCCUGUUUUUUUUGGCUCAGAAAUAAUCCAGUGACAGAGGCAACGUUUUGAAAUGCUGCCCUCUAGUGGGGAAAUUAGGCCUCCAAACUUGAGAAUGAUUAUUUCACUAGGGGCCUCUCAGACCAUACGGCUCCACAAAUUCCCUAGCUGUAUUAAAUAAUGCAUGGUUGCAAUUUUCCACCAAGCUGGGGUAUCUUUUAUAUCCUUGUAUGUCUUCCGAAGUAAUUUGCCUCAAAAAAAGUCGUUAUCACUUUCACAACUUGAUAUCAAAUCGUACAGGGUGGUGCAAAAAGAAGGAAACCCACUUUUGGCAGCACUUUUCACCUACUUGUGGAGCAUAUUUCAAAAAUUCAAUUUGUUUGUAGAAAAUAUUGAGCUUAAACAUCAGUGACGAAAAAAACUAUCGCCAAAGCAUAUUUUGUCUCUGAGAUAUGGUAGU